AUGGACUCCAAAACGUCCCCGCAGGACGAUGUCGUCGCCGCCGCCGCCGACCGCCACUCGGUCGACGCUGGCGACCACCACGCCGCCAAGCUCGCCAGUACCUUUGUUCAAAACGCCAAAUCCGCCUCGGACAAGGAGCACGCCAUGACGCUGGCCCAGGGCAUCAAGCUGUACCCCAAGGCCAUCGCCUGGAGUGUCCUCAUCUCCACCUGCAUCGCCAUGGAGGGCUACGACAUCAGCCUCGUCAGCAACUUCUACGCCUUUCCCCAGUUCAACCAAAAAUACGGCGCCCUCACCGCCGACGGCUCGUACCAGAUCUCGGCCCCUUGGCAGGCCGGCCUCAGCAACGGCGCCAUGGUCGGCGAGAUCAUCGGCCUCUUCAUCAACGGAUGGGUCUCGGAACGCUUCGGCUACAGGUGGACCGUCAUCGUCUGCCUCGGCCUGGUCGCCGCCUUCACCACGAUCUUUUUCACCGCCCAGAACGUCCAGACCCUGCUUGCCGCCAGCAUCCUGUGCGGCAUCCCCUGGGGCGUCUUCCAGACCCUGUGCAUCACCUACGCCUCCGAGGUCUGCCCAGUCGCCUUGCGUGGCUACCUGACCACCUACGUCAACUUUUGCUGGGGCCUCGGUCAGGAGAUUGGGAUUGCCGUCAUUAUCUCGAUGCUCGACCGCAACGACGAGUGGGCGUACCGCAUUCCCUAUGCGUUGCAGUGGAUGUGGCCGGUGCCGCUGGCCAUCGGCAUCUACUUCGCGCCCGAGUCACCCUGGUGGCUGGUGCGCAAGGGCAAGAUCGACGAGGCCAAGAAGUCGCUGCUGCGCCUGACGAGCAAGGGUAGAGAGUCCAACUUUGACGCCGACGAGACGGUCGCCAUGAUGGUGCACACCAACGCACUCGAGGAAAAGAUCACUGAGGGCGCCUCUUAUCUUGACUGCUUCAAGGGCGUAGACCUGCGCCGCACCGAGGUCGUGUGCAUGGUCUGGGCCAUUCAGAACCUUAGUGGCAACUCCUUUUCCAACUACUCUACGUACUUCCUCAAGCAAGCCGGUCUCUCGACGAGAAACUCGUACAAUUUCGCCCUUGGACAAUACGCCAUCAACAUGGUCGGUGUCUUUGGCGCCUGGUUCCUCAUGUCGUGGGGCAUCGGCCGCCGCACGCUGUACCUCUACGGUCUCACCGGCCUGUGCAGCAUGCUCAUGAUUCUCGGCUUCCUGGGCCUCGUUCCCGAGGAGAACCGCGACAAGGGCGCGCUGGCGACGGGCAGCAUCAUGAUGGUCUGGGCUCUCUUCUACCAGCUCACGGUCGGUACCGUGGCCUACUCGCUCGUCAGCGAGCUGCCGUCGCGUCGUCUGCAGAUCAAGACGGUUGUCCUGGGACGCAACCUAUACAACAUCGUCGGCAUCAUAAACAACGUCCUGAGCCCUUAUAUGCUGAACCCCACGGCGUGGAACUGGCAAAACUACACAGGCUUCUUCUGGGGCGGCAUCUGCUUUCUUUGCCUCGUCUACACGUACUUCCGGGUGCCGGAGCCGCGCGGCCGCACCUAUGCCGAGCUGGACAAGCUAUUUGAGCAGGAGAUCAGCGCCCGCAAAUUUGAGGGCACAAAGGUCGACGUGUUCGAGGACGAGGUCGAUGAGAAGGCGAUGAAUAACUACCAUCAGCAGAUCCGCGUCUCGCACUCGGAGAAGGACGUACGGGUGUGA